CCGUUUGAAUUUGUCUCGACUCACAACUUUUUUGUCACCGGCGGCCGAGUGACGUUUUUCUUCUGAAAGAAAAGAAACCGUUUCUGCGACGACGAUCGGCGACUGGGACUCCGACAGUCGAAGUUGCCGCCGGAAAGGUGACGGAUGGAGAAUACGGACAGUCAGAUUAGUAGUCCCCAGAUCCUGGGAAUCUGGGAUUUCCAUCCGUUGGAUCCCACCACAAUCGUCAUGGUGUCGCCUCCCUCUUCGCCUGAGCCGGUAUUUCCGGCCGAAGAUGACGAUUCUUUUCCGGAAUCUGUGGCCAUGGAAACGGGGAACGAGCCUUGUUCCGCGGAAUUGGACGGAAUCUCUCUGCUGGAGAGAGCCACUGGGUCGAAAUCGCCGCCCUCGGCCAUCGGAAAAGCAAGGGUUUCUGACAAGGAAAGGGCCGGACCGCUCGGGUGUCCGCAAAAGGGAGAAGCUUCGUCGGAAAACGUCAGGCUUACCUCGGGGAAGCAACCCGCAGUAUCAGAAUCGCCGUCGUCGUCGGCGAGAGGAGAGGCUAGGGUUCCGGGAAAUCUACCAACUUCCACCGGAAACGUUGGCGUCUCGGCGGUGAAGGAACCUAACACGGCGGAAGCCGACAGACCGAGGCGGAUCUUGCCGCCGACGAUAGCUGCGUCGGAGGAAUGGGGCGGUGGGAAAUGGAAAGAGGACUGGAGGACGAAGAGGAGGAAGAUCGAUGAGAAAGCUGAUUCAACGUUUCUCAAAGAAGUCAUUGAAGCUCUUGCCCGAAACUCUGGUGAGGCCGAGGAGGACGAAGAAAACAUGGAAAGCUUUAGCUACGUGGAGAUUUUGCAAUCAAUGGGCAUAAAGUUUCCACAGUAAGAUGAUAAGCCAUUCUAUCGGGUGUAUGUGAGCAGGAUCACGUGAAGGCCGGCUGCUGAGAAGAAGCAGGAAGCAAUUAUUAAUCAAAUACCUUUUGCAUGUAUGUUGGGAUGUUGGGCUUUUGUGCCAGGUCAGCUAAACUUGUCGCUGAACCUUGGUUGUAAUUAUCAGAACUGCUUUUGGGAAGGGUAUGCUUUGUUCUUGAAUCUUUUGUAAGAUGAGAAAGAGGGAGAGUAACCUCUUGACAGGAUUGUAUUUCCUGUUUUUUCUGAAAUACAUUUUGGUAUUUAAAAGUA